UUAAACCUCAAAUGUUUGGUUCCAUUUCUAAGAAAUUUUGAGUCCACUCCUGGGGGAACUUGAUGCGUCGAACCGUAAAGUGGGACCCCCAGGUUAUGAAAUGUUACUCAGACAGGCCUGGUGUUAUGUAAUCUUACAUAACCAAGGCGGCAGCUCAGCAGGCUCGUGAUCUGAGCCUCUGGAGGAGAAGCUAUAUGGGUCUGCUUAUGGUAUGAACUCACUGAAAGGGUCAACACACUCCUGAAUACCUGGAACUUAAAGAGGAAGAGACCUCAACACGAUACUGCAGCAUCUGUACAAAAAAAGACUGAGGAACUAGCUCCUCUGUUCCUGUUUGAGUUUUACAUUUGCUCUUGUAUUCAUUAUUAUUAUAUAAAAUCCUUUUCUUUUCUUUUUUUGAAUUCAUAUUAUAUUAUCUUAAAGGAAAGUACAUAUAUGUGCCUUAUAUUACAUAACCUUUGUUUCACAUGGUAUUCUGCAGAUUUCCUAGAUACUAUCACUCCUGUUUGCUCCCGUGUUCUAUAGCAGCUUUCUAUGCGUCUCGCGUGUUUCUCAUUCAUAAUUGAUGACAUCCAACCGCAGCAUACAUUAAGGGAUUGAACAGACCUCAGGAAUUCCCAUGCAAGCUGCGAUGGAGUGUAGCAGGUCUGACUUUGUGCUGCUCAGUUGGUGUCCUCAUAGCUCAAUAAGAAAAACUGAAAAGUGCUGCAGGAAAUAAAAGCAAAUCCUGGAGGGAAUGCUGUUGUUAGAAUAAAGGUUUGGGCUAAAUUUGUGUUAUUAAGACAAACUAUUUGUCAUAAAAUUCUAAAUUAUGCUACUGAUGUUUUAAAAAUCAUUUAAUAUAUAAUGCUGUUCAAAAGUAUUCAAACCCUUAGAAUUUUAAUCACAAACUUUAUUUGAUUGGGAUUUUUAGUGAUAGACUAACUCAAAAUAGCACAUAGUUGUGGCUUUUAAGAAUUUGUUUUACAAAAUAAAAAUCUGAAGAGUGUGGCGGGCAUAUGUAUAUAGCCCCCUGAGAACUAGAUUCUGCUUUAAUUUCAGUUCAAAGUAUUUUGGGGGACAUCUAUACUUCUUUGGCACAACUAGAUCUUAAGCUUCAGCGGAUUGGGCUGAGAGUGUCUCUAAACAUCAGUUUUCUAGUCUUGCCACAGAUUAACGAUCGGAUUUAGGUCAGAACUUUGUCCAGGUCAUUCUUACAUAAAUAUUUUGAUGUGACCCAUUAUAUUGUAGCUUUGGCUGUAUGUUUAGGAUUGUUGUCUUGCUUUAAAGUGAACCUCCACCCCAGUCUCAAGUCUUUUGCAGCGCCCAUCCUCACAUCAACUUUGACCAGCUUGCCUGUCCCUUCUGAAGAGAAGUAUCCUCCCACAGCAUGAUGCUGCCACCACAAUGUUUCACAUUUGGGAGGGGGUAUUCAGGAUUGAAUUUAUGAUGACUUGGACUUUUGGACAUGCUUUAUACAAGAAAUGCCUUUCAGCCUUAGAUGCCCUCCCAGGGAGAAGAGAGGUAUGGAGGAAAAGUUGUUUCCUGUUUUAAAGCGGGGUCAGACUGACGGUGGAGGUCUGAGCUGAAGUAAGCGGUAUGGAAACGAAAAGAGUGAUGGCUGAGACGGAACAAGAAGACCCAGUUACCAGUGAAGGGGAAGCCGGCGCCGACGUGGUCAAUCACAGUUCAGUUAAAAGGGGAAGGGGGAGGCCGCAUGGUUCCAAGAACAAAAAGGUUUCUGCUUUAGACCUGAACCAGGAUUUAGCUGAUUCCAACAGCCCUCCUCGGAGGGGAAGAGGACGCCCAAAAGUCUAUGGAACAAAACCGUAUGACCAGCUGGAGUCUGGAAAAGAGCACCCAGAGAACACAGUUACAGCUCACAAAGGCAGAGGGAGACCGAAAGGGCCCAAGAACCAGGCCAGUAGUGAAGGCGGUGCUAAAACAGAACUCUCUCUAAAGAAAAGAGGACGGCCAAAAAAGUCUGACACGGUCAAGAAACCCCCUGCUGAAGGCUUACUGAAUGGUGGCUCAGAUGCACCUAAAAGAGGACGUCCAAAAGCAUCCCUAAAGCGCAAGUCUGAAUGUUUAAUAAGUGGAGAGGAAGACGAAGGUAGCUCCGUAACACCUCGGAAAAGAGGGCGACCAAAAGGAGCGCGCAAUAAGAAAUCGAGGAUGCAACGGGAGUAUAGUGAUUGGGAUGCAGAAGCCUACAGAACCCAGAAAUCACUGAAGACAUCAAGAAGUCGGCCCAGAAAGCCCUUGGUGAAGUACACCGGUGGGGCUUCCAAGACCAUCUCAAAGAAACCUCUGGGAGCAACAGGUAGACCAAGGAAAAACUCAGAUGGCUCCCAGCCAGUGAAGAGGGGAAGAGGUCGGCCGAAAGGGUCGUUAAAUAAGAAACCAUCUUCAUUUAAAGCGCCUGGUAAGGUGGGAAGGCCUCAGAAAAUAUCUAGUCUUCCUGUAAAAAGGAGGAAGCCUGGUAGACCGAGGUUACAGCCUGGCAAAAGGGGAAGACCACGGAAGUAUCCUCUGCCUUCUCCAGAGGAGAUGAAGAAGCCAAAAGUUUGGAAACCUCUGGGAAGGCCGAGGAAAUACCCUCGAGUUGAUUCUCCGGAGGAAGCAUUGCCGGCACCUCGGCGAGCCCGUGGUCGGCCGCGCAAAUCUGAGUCCAAGAAAGGCGCUCACCUACGAAAGAACGUGCUAACGACUCCAUCCUCUCCGCGCACCCCUGCCGCAGGACUGCAGAGCAAAAGAGACUCCACCACUAUCCCAAAGAGCGAAGACAGCACCGUUCGGAAAAGAGGCCGCCCUAAAGGCUCGCUCAACAAAAACAAAACCAGAGGGGACUCGCAGCUUGACUGUGUGCUUCCCAACCACUCCAAGGCACAAUGCGACUGUCCCGCCGUCGGGACGGAAACAGAACAAGAACCGAUAGAGGUGGAAUCGAUUCCCAUGAAGCACACAAAGGAAACAGAAGAAACUGUCCUGGUUCAGGACGUUAGCUUUGACGUCAGCGAACAGGUUUGAUGAACGAUCCAGGCGGAAUAAAACGUUGGCGGUCUGACCUGCUGAUUCCCAUUUUUAA